GUCAUUCUCUGGUCAUUCUCAGGUCAUUCUCUGGUCAUUCUCAGGUCAUUCUCUGGUCAUUCUCAGGUCAUUCUCAGGUCAUUCUCAGGGUCAUUCUCUGGUCAUUCUCAGGGUCAUUCUCAGGUCAUUCCCUGGUCAUUCUCUGGUCAUUCUCUGGUCAUUCUCAGGUCAUUCUCAGGUCAUUCUCUGGUCAUUCUCAGGUCAUUCUCUGGUCAUUCUCAGGUCAUUCUCUGGUCAUUCUCUGGUCAUUCUCAGGUCAUUCUCAGGUCAUUCUCUGGUCAUUCUCUGGUCAUUCUCUGGUCAUUCUCAGGGUCAUUCUCAGGUCAUUCUCAGGUCAUUCUCUGGUCAUUCUCAGGUCAUUCUCAGGUCAUUCUCUGGUCAUUCUCUGGUCAUUCUCAGGUCAUUCUCUGGUCAUUCUCAGGUCAUUCUCUGGUCAUUCUCUGGUCAUUCUCUGGUCAUUCUCAGGUCAUUCUCAGGGUCAUUCUCUGGUCAUUCUCUGGUCAUUCUCAGGUCAUUCUCUGGUCAUUCUCUGGUCAUUCUCUGGUCAUUCUCAGGUCAUUCUCUGGUCAUUCUCUGGUCAUUCUCUGGUCAUUCUCUGGUCAUUCUCUGGUCAUUAUCAGGUCAUUCUCUGGUCAUUCUCAGGUCAUUCUCUGGUCAUUCUCAGGUCAUUCUCAGGUCAUUCUCAGGUCAUUCUCUGGUCAUUCUCUGGUCACUCUCUGGUCAUUCUCUGGUCAUUCUCAGGUCAUUCUCAGGUCAUUCUCUGGUCAUUCUCAGGUCAUUCUCAGGUCAUUCUCAGGUCAUUCUCUGGUCAUUCUCAGGGUCAUUCUCAGGGUCAUUCUCAGGUCAUUCUCUGGUCAUUCUCAGGGUCAUUCUCUGGUCAUUCUCUGGUCAUUCUCUGGUCAUUCUCUGGUCAUUCUCUGGUCAUUCUCUGGUCAUUCUCUGGUCAUUCUCAGGUCAUUCUCAGGUCAUUCUCAGGUCAUUCUCUGGUCAUUCUCAGGGUCAUUCUCAGGUCAUUCUCAGGUCAUUCUCUGGUCAUUCUCAGGGUCAUUCUCAGGUCAUUCUCAGGUCAUUCUCAGGUCAUUCUCUGGUCAUUCUCUGGUCAUUCUCUGGUCAUUCUCUGGUCAUUCUCAGGUCAUCCUCUGGUCAUUCUCUGGUCAUUCUCAGGUCAUUCUCAGGUCAUUCUCUGGUCAUUCUCAGGUCAUUCUCUGGUCAUUCUCAGGGUCAUUCUCAGGGUCAUUCUCUGGUCAUUCUCUGGUCAUUCUCAGGGUCAUUCUCUGGUCAUUCUCUGGUCAUUCUCAGGGUCAUUCUCAGGGUCAUUCUCUGGUCAUUCUCUGGUCAUUCUCAGGGUCAUUCUCAGGGUCAUUCUCAGGUCAUUCUCUGGUCAUUCUCUGGUCAUUCUCUGGUCAUUCUCUGGUCAUUCUCAGGUCAUUCUCUGGUCAUUCUCUGGUCAUUCUCUGGUCAUUCUCAGGUCAUUCUCAGGUCAUUCUCUGGUCAUUCUCUGGUCAUUCUCUGGUCAUUCUCAGGUCAUUCUCUGGUCAUUCUCUGGUCAUUCUCUGGUCAUUCUCUGGUCAUUCUCAGGUCAUUCUCAGGGUCAUUCUCUGGUCAUUCUCUGGUCAUUCUCAGGUCAUUCUCUGGUCAUUCUCUGGUCAUUCUCAGGUCAUUCCCAAAACAUUCCCAAGUCAUUCCCAGAACAUUCCCAAGUCAUUCCCAGAACAUUCCCAAGUCAUUCCCAGAACAUUCCCAGGUCAUUCCCAGAACAUUCCCAAGUCAUUCCCAGAACAUUCCCAG